CGCUCCACAGACAACCAGUUCUUCACUUCUUCCUCUUCUCCCCGCUUUUCCGUUUCAAUUUUUGAACUCCCAAUCCGGCAACGCUCCCAAUCUCCACUCCCCAACCACAUUCCACUCACACGGGCCUCUCGGCUCGCCUCCGGCGUCGCCCCCGAGUUCCCCACGUGGCGGCGGGACCGCCAGACCGACGAGCGGCGGCCUCCGCGCCGCAUGGACGCUGCCGACCCCCUCCGUGCCAUCUCCUCUCCGGCCCGACUCCUUCCCCGGACCCUCGGCCCCGCCGCCACCGCGGCCUCCCCCUCGAAGGCCCGCGAGGUGCUCCUCGAGGCCAUCUCCCGCGCCCGACUGCUGAAAGGAUCCAAGGAGCUGGUUGAGCAGGCCAGAAUGGUAUUGAAGGGACACGGGGACAUCCGGAUGCUCUACCAUGAUGAUGGAGUGAAAGUCGCCCCCCAUGCAAAUGGCACGAAAGACCAGCAGGGAAGAAGGCCAGGACCAGACCGCAAACGGUCUCGGUUCACUCAAAAGGCCCAUGAAAGGAAGCUGGUGCCUGCUGUUGAUCACUCUAACGUACUGAAGAUUAAGGAUCCAAACGAGUACUAUAAGAAAUUGGAUGAUAUUGAAGAAGCUGAGAAGGAGAUAAGACGGUUAAAUGGUGAGGUUGUUGAUGAGAUGGUAAUGAAUUUUGAUCCUGUAGUAGAACCCAAGAGGCGCUCUACUUUGCUGGGGAGAAAAUCAGUCCGUACUUUCAAGUUUGCUGAUGCUGAUACUCAAGAUCCAACUGAGGUACCAGCUUCCCAAACAGAAACUAUGACAGGAUCUCAGCUCUCGCAAGAUGAUGCGCAUGCCUCGUUUGCUGAAAAAAAUGAGCAGUCUGUUCCUCCAAGAUCUGGCCAAUGUGCUAUUUCAGAUGUUUCAGAGAAAGAAGAUUCAUUAGCUGAGAAGGAUGGAGAUGAUCUGACUUAUGUACUGGCCUCACUCAAAAAUCUGGAUGGAUCUGAAGAGGAAGACUUUCUCCGAAAGAUCUUAAAGAUGCGCAAAAUAGAGAAAGAAAAUGUUUGUCUCCACAACUCUGUUCCUGAAGAUAGGCCACGAAGAAGCAAUACUGCACGGAAAAAAUCAAUGAGGGUUCCUCCAGAAAAUCCUUUGCCCCAGAGUUGCCAGAGUCGCGUUUCAGAGUUAGAGAAACAUUUAUUUCCUGGAGUUGCAGGGAAUGAUAAAUGUGCAGAUCUACAGGAAGAUGAUGAAUCUGAAGGUUCACCAGAUAUUGUGAUGGGUGAACAAUCAUUGGUGCAUGAUUCAUCUGAUGUUUUGGUGACUGAUGAGACCUUUGCUGCAAGUGAAAUUGAUAAGGAGACCCCAAAUCUGGGUGUCAAAGCUGCAGAUCAUGUUAUUGAUCCAGAACCAAACAUGCCAGAUCGUGCAGGUGAAAGGCAGGCAGGAGGUUCCCCACUUGGUUUGUAUACUGCAAGUGAAUAUGACAGGGAGACCCCAAAUCUGGGGGUCAAAGCUGCAGAACAUGUUCUUGAUCCAGAACCAAUCAUGCCUGAUCAUGCAGAUGAAAGGCAAGCAGAAGGUUCCCCACUUGGUUUGUACAGCAAUACAGAAGUUGCCAAAGAAAAGGCUGCAUGCAGCAGGAGCGAUAUUUCUAUGGUGGAAGACAAUGUGCCAAUAGACAAUCCUACUGAUAUGUCUAAUAAUGAAACAGAAGUUUCUUCUCCUCAUCAUUUGGAGGGCAGCUUGGCCGAAGUGUUGGCCAGGACACCAGUUAGAAAUGUGGCUUCAGAUGGUGUUGAUCAGACUUCUCAUGCAGCUGAGGACAACAUUCAACAUCUUGAAGCGGUUGAAGAGGAUGGUGUUAUACAAGAUAAGUCAAGUCAUCCAUCCGAGGUGCCUCUAGAAGAUAUUGAUCCAGUGAAUCAGCCUCAGAUGCAUGAUGGAAACAAUAAGAAAUUGGCAGCUGAUCUGAGCAAUGCAGUGUCCCCAAUCAAAGAGAAGAAGCGACAGGCAGCUCGAAAAGGAAAAAAGAAGCAACAAUCAAAGAGGAGCCAAAAAGUGGCAGGGGAAAUCGCCUACAUACAGCUGAAUCUCAUCAUCACCUGUGACAACAACCGGCCAACUCAGGCUUUAUUUUUCUUUUGCUUUCUUGAUGAAUCUAACCACCCACUGGAAAUAUCCCAAGCAAAUUUUGAUUCGGAGAAUCAAUCUCGUAUGGAUGAGAACAUUGAGCAACAGAGAGUUGUUACGAGUAGUGCACUGUCGCCAAACAAAGCUAAGGGGCAAAAGGGAGCUCAAAUGAGAAACAGGACCAAACAUUUGAAUCAAAGAAAAAGCCUCGGAGAUGCUGGCCUUGCGUGGCAGUCUGGAGUGAGAAGAAGCACAAGAAUCCGCUCAAGGCCUUUGGAGCAUUGGCGUGGUGAAAGAUUUGUAUAUGGGCGCAUACAUGAUACCAUGGCCACAGUUAUUGGCAUCAAAGCAUACUCUCCUGGUCAAGAUGGCAAGAAAACUUUGAAAGUGAAAUCCUUUGUGCCUGAACAGUAUUCCGAUCUUGUUGCUGAAUCUGCGAAGUACUGACUGAAGUGUCUGUCCUUGACAAGUCCCGGUCAGAUCGCUGGUUUCCUAAGAGGAGCCCGCAACUCGCGGCCUGUGCGACCAGUUGCUUUGUCACCUGACUUGCUGUGAUUGUUGUAAUGGUGGAGCUGCACAAUGAAAUGCAGACGUGAUGUGAACUUGUAAAGUUAAAGACGGACGUCCUAUUGGUAGUCAGUAUCUGUCUUAAAGUUUGGAUGCGCUCGACUAUUCGAUACCUGAAGUCUCGCUGUGAAUGUGGCGUUCAUGCUAAUUGAUCUUAAUUUAUAUUCUCUUCUCAUUUUAAA